AUGUGUCCCGCCGGAUCGGAUGUGCUGAUGUGGACCAAUCAGAAUGCACCUGUGCUGUUUCGGCUCAUGUCCCUAAGCCUCAAGCUUUUUGCGCUGGAUCUCGUUGGACUGGAUAUGCUGAUGUGGACCAAUCAGGAUGCGGGAGUGCACGCGCUGGGGAACACGUGCCAUGUGGACAUUCAGCGAGUGCCGCCCUUCUUACCAAAGGAGCUAACACGGGCAAUUAACCAUUUCCUGCAGCUGUCAGCAGUAGAGGCGUCAGUGGUGGCGGCAAGGGAGGUGCCUCUGUCCUUCCACGCCCGAUUCCAGGCCACUGAGCGAACCUACCUGUAUCGCAUACACGCGUCACCAUCCACCCCGCCCUCCAUAUUCGAUCGCAAUCGUGUGUGGCACGUGCCGUGCCAUCUCAACGUACCUGCCAUGCGCGCUGCGGCAGCAGCUCUCUGUGGUUUCCACGACUUCUCCUCCUUCAGAGCCUCAGGCUGCCAGGCGCGCUCCCCUCUGCGCUCGCUCACAGAGCUCUCCAUUCUUGAAGUGACCUCCUGGCGCGCUUGCCUGCCCGCCUCCUCCCACCCCUCCUGCACCACGUGGCAAGCACCUGCGGGGGCAAAGGGGGGUGAAGGAGCCACGGCCCCGUCAUUUCUGUACCAUCAAGUGCGGCUGCUGGUGGGGCUGCUCAAAGCCGUGGGAGCAGGAGCAGUGCAGCCCGACUCAGUCAAGUCAAUCGUGGAAGCAAGGGACAUCCGGGGAGUGCCUCCCAUGGCGCCUGCAUGCGGCCUUUAUCUUGCCAAUGUUGCAUACGGCCCCACCAGGCCCAAACGAGCCUCCUCCUCACAGCAAUAA